GUGAGGCACAGUUCUCCUAAAUACGGUCACACCCGUUAACUUCCUUGUCUGACAGCACGUCUAUCUGCACUCAGAAAAGCACCAUCUUGUUAGCGAGUAUGGACUGGUGUGUGCUUCCACUUCUGCUCCUUAUGCUGGGCAAACAUGGGCUGUGUCUGCAAGAGGAAGUUUGCUCAAAGUCAGUGAUCACUUCCUGUAAAGACUGCAUCACAUCUGGGCCAUUCUGUUCAUGGUGUCAGCAGCUGACUUUUACCAAAGCUGGUGAACAGGAAGCAGUUCGCUGUGACACUCGAGCAAAGCUGAUUGCAAGAGGCUGCAAGAGAGAAGAGAUUAUUUCUCCUCAGAACAAACAGAACAUUACACAGAAAGAUCCUUUAUCCCAAACGUUUGACAUUAAAGAACCUGUCCAAAUGACUCCACAAAAAAUCCACCUGACACUGCGACCUGGGCUUCCACACAAAUUCAAUGUGUCCUUUAAAAGGGCUGAAGGUUACCCUGUGGAUCUUUACUACUUGAUGGAUCUCUCCUACUCCAUGAAGGAUGAUCUGGCUAAUGUAAAACAACUGGGAGGAAAUCUUUUUGAUGCUUUGAAUAAAAUUACUAAACAUGCUAAUAUAGGAUUUGGGGCCUUUGUUGAUAAGACGGUCCUUCCUUACACCAACACCAACGAGGAGAAACUCAAGAAACCAUGUGAUGAAAAUGAGAGUCAAUGUCAGGCUGCCUUUGGCUACAGACAUGUGCUUAGUAUGACACCGAGACGGGAGGUGUUCACGCAGAAGGUGAAAGAUCAGUUUAUCUCUGGGAACUUAGACUCUCCUGAAGGAAGUCUUGAUGCCAUGAUGCAGGCGGCUGUUUGUGAGGAUAAAAUAGGCUGGAGGAACAGCAGCACUCGGUUAAUUGUACUCGCCACAGAUGCUGGAUUCCACAUGGCUGGGGAUGGAAAACUAGCGGGCAUUCUAGAACCCAAUGAUGAACUGUGCCACAUGAAAGACAACCUUUAUGAAAAAAGUAAUGAGAUGGACUACCCAUCUGUUGGACAAUUAGCUAUGCAGCUGGAAAAAAACAAUAUUCAGCCAAUAUUUGCUGUAACAGAAAACGUGAAGAAUGUUUACAUGGAACUCACUAAAAUGAUUCCAAAGUCAGUGGUGGGAGUCUUAUCAUCAGAUUCAAAUAAUGUUGUUCAGCUCAUUGAAAAUGCCUACAAAAACUUGACAUCUAAAGUCACAGUGACUCAUGACAUUCUUCCUGACAACGUAAGAGUUGAGUACUUGGCGUUGUGUGAUCACCGAAUAAAUGACAGCCCCAAUAAAGGCGUCUGCGAUCAAGUGCAAGCAGAACAAGAGAUAUCUUUUGAGGUUACUGUGACUGCGGACACAUGUAUGACGGAAAAGUCCUUCACUAUCAGCCCACUGGGAAUUAAAGACAAACUGACGGUAACCAUUUCUACCAACUGUGAGUGCCAAUGUAAUGACCUUAAAGACAGCAAUCAACGUCACUGUAGCAAUAGAGGAAACAUCACCUGUGGUAUUUGUAGCUGCGAUCCAGGUUUUGUGGGUCAGUUCUGCAACUGUGCUGUUGGGGAUAAAGAUGAAGGCUCUAUUCGAGCAUCCUGUCAGAGGCAAAAUAGGACAGAGUGUGAGGGUCGAGGAGAUUGUGUAUGUGGCAGAUGCCAGUGCCACACUACAGAGCAAGGAAGCUCUUACCAUGGACCCCACUGCGAGUGUGAUGAUGAACACUGUGAGAAGUAUGAGAACAAGCUAUGUGCAGGUAAAGUGUUUUUUUCUAAAUGUAAAAAUGGCAAAUGCAACUUUUAAUGUAAUACAUUUAAAAUAAUAGUUUUAAACCCCUUAAUCUACACCCCUGGAAAAUGCAAUGGAAAAAAUGAAACUUCUGAGGAUGGCUGUCGUACACCAGACAACAGUGUUUGCUAUGGCAGAGGGACCUGCACAUGUAACCAAUGUGUAUGCAUAGGGGGAUAUCAGGGUCCACACUGCAAGGAAUGCAGUGGCUGCACUUCUGUAUGCCUAACGAAACUGAGUUGCAUUAGCUGCCUUGGCUUGAGUCAGUCGAAAGAGAACUGCAACAAUGUUUGCAACAAAAGCAUUUCAAAAUAUGAGAAGGUUGAAAAAUUCAACUUGCAGAGCAAAGAAUGCCACCAGAAGGACAGUGAGGGGUGCUGGAUCAAAUUCAAGCUGGAGCAGUUAACUGGAGAGGAUAAUUACAGUGCUGAAAUUCUGAAAAAGAGAGAAUGCCCUGAACCACCCAGCGUCAUAGCUAUCAUAGGAGGUUCCCUUGCAGCUGUGGCUGUAAUUGGAAUUCUGCUGCUGAUGCUGGUCAAGUUUCUGAUCCACAUGAAGGACCUGAAGGAGUUCAAGAAAUUUGAGAAUGAAAAAAAGAAAUCCAAGUGGGCAAAUGCUGACAAUCCGCUGUUCCAGAAUCCCACCACCACUGUGGCUAACCCUCUGUUUACUGGAGAGUGAAGACCCUCUACUACAUAUGGACAUUUAUUCAAAGCUUUUCUUGGAAGAUAUAAUGCUUUCAAUGCUUUCAUUUAUUUGAUUUAUGUGAUUUUAUGAUUAUGUUGUAUUAAAAUCUACUUAACUUUGUAAAAUGUGUAUUUUUGAGGAUGGAGUACGGUUGGUUUGAGGAGCUCACAUAAUCCAUUUGUUAAUAUCAUAACAUCUAGCUGUUUAUGGAGGCAGUAUAGUUUGUCUAUUGUAAUAAUCAAUAGUUUGGAGAAUUGCACCAUUUAUUUUCAUGAAACUGUAAAAUCUUAGUACAAAUAAACUCAUUGGAAUAUGA